CCCUCCGAAGUAGCUAGCUAGCACACCAAAACUAACAGAUUUAGUACAUAAACUGAGCAGCAAUGUCCAUGGUUACAUCUUUCAACCUCCUGAUGAGCCAGACGGCGCCUCCGGUACUGAAAGCUCCCUUUGGUGCAGCCCUGCGAUCCGCAGGCAAGCCAGCAGCGGCAUUGGCCCUCCAAAGGAAGUCUCCGCGUCUUUUGGUGCGUGCUAAUAAUUCUCCGAAAAGCCCUGCUGAUACUGGGCAUCCCUUUGGCAUCGCACCCUUUGCCCUGGUGCACCCCAAGUUCCCACCGACGUCAGGCAACAGGUGGAGGAUCACGGAGGACGACGACUACGUGAAGCUGUGGUUCCACGUCGGGGAGAUAGACAGGGAGAAGCUCAAGGUUCGGAUCGAGCACGACACGGUGCUCCUCGUCAGCUACGGCGGCGCCGGCGACGAGACGUCGACGCCGGCGAACUCCCUCGACGUGCGCCUGCUGCUGCCGAACAAGCCGUACGACACGGCCAAGGUCGAGGCCGAGCUCACCUUCGGGACGCUGCUGGUGACCGUCGCCAAGCGCAAGCCCCUGCAGGGGCGUGACAAGGUCGGAAUCCCGAUCACUCCGGCUCCAAGCAAUGAGAAAACCACUACCGCCACCGGACAAACCGGUAGCGAGACCUAGCUAUAUAUCUAAUCUUAAAAGUGGCAAAUAGUUAAAUGUCGCUCAGCGGAGAGCUUAGUUACGAGAUAGAUCCAUGUGCCGUCGAUCAAUCUUGCUCCGAGAAAUAAAAAUGGGUCAAUAAUCUUGUUCUAUUUGGUA